AUGUCACACGUUGCUGUCUCUGUAUCUCUUUGUAAACAACAGAUCUGUCCGGAGUUUAUCUCAAUUGUAAGAGUCAGUCAGCACAAUUUCAUUGCGAGUGCCAACGUGUUUUGGAGUUGUCCUACGUUUUACUAUUCGCCAUAUUCAAUUCUCAAUGUGAAAUCCUAUACAUAUCUUGGAUAUCUAAAUCUUGGGCAUGUUAAGCGCUGGUUAGGGAAACAAAACACAAAAGACUACAAGGAAUGGUGGGGAAUAUCAAGUGGUUUGACGGACCUUCUCUUGUUCCACAUGAUACCCCUCCCACUCGACGACAGCGAAAUGCAAACAUUGGUUUUGAAAAUGGGUGAACCAACUCAUCAUGAACACAACAUGAAACCAACCACACCAAGCUGUGUUCCUCAAACCACCUCAGCUUUUCAACAAUAUUAUCCUCCCGUCACCGACUCUCAAAUUGCACAACCUGCACCGGAAACAGAGAUAAGCUUGGGUGGUUUGAGGAGUUCCGCUGGGUGUAGUUUGUUCCAUGAGAUAUUGGUAGCCAUGUUCAGAAAUGACUGCAUCUUGCCGUUGUCGAGUGCGAGAGGUACCAGGUGGAGCAGAAGGAAGCUCAUCUUCAUCAGAUGGCAUCUCGCCGUCGAAGAGUGGGAGAAGGAAUCAAAGUAUUGUCGAAAGAUCAGCGGUAUAAAAAUUGAUGAUGAUUAUCCCAUGGUAUUUAUAUCCAUUGGUAAAGAUUUGUUUUCAGACGAUUCUUUUGCCAUUUUUUUUGCAAAGAAAGGACGCAAGGGGCGAAGCAUUAAGAACCGUCCCUCGCGUUGGGCAAUAGCCAUUCAAAAGCGAAGAUAA